CAUGCUCUACGUCAGACGAGACGAUGACGCCUGAUGGGAAACACCUGCGUCAGUGAACACGUGACCUGAAAACUAUAGCGCGCUCUCUCCUCGCGGGGGCGCGCUCAUCUUUCUGUUAACACUUUUCUGCUGACAGGAAGUUCAGCUAAUGAACCAACAAGAACAAAAACUACUUCUACUCAAAUAUCGUUUGGAGGUCUCAUUCUGUAAAUUGAAUUUGCAGGGGGCCAGGGAGGGUUUGGUGCCCACCCACCCAUGGGAGUCUGACACCUAAAGGUUGGGAUUCACCCAGAGGAGAAGCCACUCAGAGGCCUAAUGACCAAGUAUGCUCCACUUUAAGCCAGUUCCGGGUCAGUUUGGUCCAGAGGACCGGGAGCCGGGCCUCCGCGUGUGGAGGGUGGAGAAGCUGAAGGCGGUGCUGCUGGAUCCCUCCGAGGUGGGAGCCUUUUACAACGGGGACUCCUAUCUGGUGCUGCAGAACCGUGGUCAACAGGGAGCCGACCUGCACAUGUGGAUAGGUGAGAAGUCCUCUCGGGAUGAGCAGGUAGCGUGUGCCAUGCUGGCCACCCAGCUGGACAACUUCCUGGGCGGAGACCCCAUUCAGCACAGACAGGUUCAGGGCUACGAGAGCCCCGAGUUCAUGGCUCUCUUCCCCAGAGGGGUCAGCUACAAGGAGGGUGGAGUGGAGUCGGGCUUCAGGAAGCCUCAGGGCACCGGGACGGUGCACAGGUUGUACCAGAUCAAAGGGAAGCGAAACAUCCGUGCCAAGGAGGUGGAGCUGUCCUGGAGCAGCUUCAACAAAGGGGACUGCUUCAUCCUGGACCUUGGAGAGAUCAUCGUGUCGUGGAUCGGGUCGCAGGCCAACAUCUUCGAGAAGCAGAAGGUGCGAGAGAUCGCCUCGCUGAUUCGUGACACGGACCGCCACGGGAAAGCCAAGAUUGUGGACACCAACGAGGGGGAGGAGCCGGACGAGAUGCUCAAGGUGCUGGGUGCGAUGCCUCAGCUGUCAGAGAGCACACCAGAAGAGGACAGCAAGGCAGACGCCUCCAACUCUGCCUCCCUCUACAAGGUGUCUGAUGCGACAGGCUCCAUGACGACGACCAAAGUGUCGGAGAAGAGCCCGUUUGCUAAGGAGCUGCUGGUUCGUGACGACUGCUUCAUCCUGGACAACGGCGCCAACGGAAAGAUCUUCGUCUGGAAAGGUAACGGAGCUAACGCCGAGGAGAAGCAGGUCGCUCUGCAGAUGGCCGAUAAAUUCAUCGAGCAGAUGAGCUACCCCAGGAUGAAAACACAGGUGGAGAUUCUGCCGCAGGGGAAGGAGACCAUCAUCUUCAAGCAGUUCUUCAAGAACUGGAACUGAAACAUUUCAUUUGACAAAUCCUGCACACGAGAACAAGAAGAAGAAGAAGCUGUGUAUCUGAAAUCGCACAGCAGCUGAUGCAAAAUACAUUUUUUUAUAUGCAUUUACUUGUCUGUACAUAUUUGUAAGGUACCUUGUGUAGCUUGUUUUCAAAUAGCUAGAAUAAGAGAUGUGAUGCCACUUUUAUAAACACAAACAAGUUCCUUCUGUUAUAGAGAUUAUAACGUUAAUGAGUUUGCCUUUUUUUUUUUUUUUUUACAUUUGUUCUAGUGUCACAGAUUGUCUGCAUUUGAAAAAUAAAUCUGAAAGUGCUUGAUA